AUGACCCAACACAUUCGCAGUACCGUCGAGCGCCUCGACAGGCCAAGUGCCUACUAUCACAACAAGAACAAGCGCAGAAGAUACAACGACCGCGAAGAGGAGGCCGAGGCGCCUCCUGCUCCCCAGGAAGACCCUCUCGCCAAUUCAACGACCCUCUACGUCGGCAACCUGUCAUUCUACACCACCGAGGAGCAGGUGUACGAGCUGUUCGCCAAGUGCGGCGAGAUCAAGCGCCUCGUCAUGGGUCUUGACCGCUUCAACAAGACGCCUUGCGGGUUCUGCUUCGUCGAAUACUUCACCCACCAGGACGCGCUGGACUGCAUGAAGUACAUUGGUGGCACCAAGCUCGACGAGCGCGUCAUCCGCACGGACCUUGACCCUGGCUUCGAAGAGGGCCGCCAAUACGGCCGUGGCAAGAGUGGAGGACAGGUGCGUGAUGAGUAUCGCGAAGACUACGACGAGGGACGCGGUGGUCAUGGCAGGGCGCUCGAGGCGGAGCGUCUCCAGGAAGUGCAGAAUAACAACAGGGGCGCUGAGGCUGAGUAUGGACGCACAAGGUGA